GGGAGGCCCAAAGCUUGGCUUGACUGGGCGACCUAACACGCACGCGCCGCCGCCUGCUCGGCCGCCGUCCACUGCCCGUCGACGUUCCGGCCUCCCCCUCUCCAGGUCCUGUUUGCGAGUGCGCCCCCGGGCCCCAGGCUGCUGGUCUGCUGCCCUACCGUGCUGCCUGCCGGACGCCCCUCGCCGCCGCGCGCCUGCGCUCUUCCCUGCCGGCCUGCCGCCUGCCGCCUGCCGCCUCCCGCACUGGCUCCCCUAACUGGCGCCGUUCUUUAGAAUUUUCUACAUGGGGAAGAAGCCGGGCAGCGCUGGCCCUUGCUCGGCAUCCAGGCCCAUGAACCAGGCCGUGUCGCUCCGCGAGGAGACCUCCGGAAAGACGCAGGCCGACAAGCCCUCCCUGCUGAGGGUCCAGCACCUGCAGCGGCUGGGGGCGUGGGCAAGCGGUGAGGCGGGAGUUGGCUCGAUCGGAGCGCUGCUGGGCCGCCGCUUCGCCACGGACGCCGAGGCGGCCGGGAUCCCCAUUGAUGCUUCCACCUUCCUUUGCCAGAGGUGUGAGUCAAUCUUACAGCCAGGCUUCAACUGCACAAUCCGCAUAAAGAACAACAAAAAGAAAGCAAAGCGGCGCAAGAAGUCAAAUCCUGGCCAAAACAGUGUUGUCUAUGCAUGCCAUUUCUGUGGAGACCAAAACCUGAUACGAGGUAGUGGAAAGGGUAUCGUGAAGGGACUGUUAUCAUCAAGAAAGCCUGUUAGCACAAUGUUGAAAGCAGAAAAUGUGAACAUGCCAACAGUAAUAACUACUAAAAAGGGGAUCGAGCAUUCUGUGACAGCAGCCUCGCAACUGGAAUCAUCCAGGCUGAAAAUAUCCAUUCUUGAAAAGGAUAAACAAGGUAAUGGGCCUAAAUCUAAUCUUCCUGAAGAUUAUAAAGUGGAGAAAGGGGCAGUUUUCUCAAUGGUGGAUCGUGGUCAGUUAGCGGCUGCACACAAAGACAUCCUGCAGAAAAUCGGAGUAGAAAGCACACAUGAUAAAUGUGUGAAUGGAAUUGAGCCUGCGGCAUCUAAAAAUACUAGUGCAUGUGAACAUGAUGUCACUUCUCAGGCAGAAUUUCUAGCUGGGUCAAACUUUGUUACUCCUCAGAAGAACAAACUGGCGGAAGUGACUGCGCCUAUAGCUUCAGCAGAAGCAUUGAAGACAAGAAGUACACUGAACAACAAAGCGCAGAAUUGUGGUUCAGCUGCUGGCAAGGCCCCUGGAAGUUAUAGCAAGUCAGCUUCGAAUACCAAAUCUGCGCCAGGUGGUUCUACUCAGCCGGCUGGCAGUUCAAGGAAGCGGGCAAGAAAAGGGUGGACUACGCUGAAGCAGAUUGCUGAGAAGGACGAGCUUGAGAGAAAAGAGAAGAUGGAUAACUUUGUAAUCCCGUUCUUCAUGCAGUAGGAUAUCUUUUACAGUUGGCCCCUGCCUGUUGUAAACGUUGGGCUGGAAGAACAGUUAGAGUUUUUGGUGAUACUCUUUAGUUAUGUACUUUUGCACCAAUCAUGUUGUGGAAAUAUAAAGUUGCGAAGGAGUUCAAAAUUAAACCGAAGGCAGAUACACUAGCAGUCAAGGGAAUGAAAGUUGAGGCUUGGAUAUUCACCUGUGCGGUCGUGCUUGGCUCGAGCUGCCAAGCUGUGAAAGAUACCAUCGCAGGGGCCAUGCUAUGGACUAGAGCCCACCACUCUCUGUUAGUACUUGUUCUUGGGGCAUCUCCUGCUUGAAUCCUGUAGACUCGGCACCAACCCAAUGCUCGUGUCUAAGCCGAGGGCGCCACGUGGAGCCUGCCGCCAUGGGCUAUCGUUAUGCGAUUAAUUCACAGAGGCAAAGAUACAACUUUCUUUGAUCCAUGAUAUUGUCGCUAUGCCAUGAUUUGAUGAGGAUUCUUAUUCUUUGAUGGAAUGAUGCUGGAACUGCCGCUGCUAUUGGCAUGAUCUAGCUUUGAGGUGCCCUGCUUUGUGUGUUGGCUUGAUCUAGCUUCUGCCAGAUAAAAAGAUAACCGCAUAAUUUUGAUCCAAAUCUUGACGCUCUCAAGUCAAGAGGACAAUUACACCGGCAGUGUGCUGCAUUUAGUCGUGCCGUGCGUGUAUCGUGCAGAACUCUAGGUUUAGAGAAUUGAUCCCAGCCGAUCAUUAAGUAGAGCAGACUUUACAAGUGCAUCCUGUUAAAGUAAAGAUAAGAAAGAAUGUCAGCAGUGCCCACUGCUUUACAAGUGUUCAUGCUUUGAUUAGGAUAAGAGAAAAAUUCACUACAGGUCCAUUUACUUGCAUUG